UUCUUCUUGCACAGACAGCGAGAACACGCUCGAAAUUUAAUCACUGCGAAUUUAGAAACACAACAUUGUUAUUAUUUUUUAAUUAGUGCAAUCGUUAUUUAGGACGCAAGAACGAUCAAUUUUUAGUGUAAUUCAAAGCUUGUAACUGAAAAAAGAAGAAAAAGAAAUUGGCAAACCGAACAGAAACACAAACAGCAACAUAAGCAUAUUGCAAACAUUAAAACGCCGCGAGUGUGUUUGUAUUUGUGUUUGUGCAAGUGCAUACAUGUGGCUAUGCGUACGUGUGUGCGCCUGUGUUUGGAAUCAACAAAAAGUCGUAUACAGCAGAAAAGGCGGCAAAAGAAACAUAACAGCGACUGCACAUGAUAUGCAAAGCGAGGCGACAAAAAAAAUGCAACUGCAAACAUAAUUAUUUGUGCAAUGCAUUUAACGUGAACGUCGUGAACGUCUUACUGCUCCGAAAAAAAAACAAAAAGCACCGACAUUUCGAACGAGCACAAGAGUUUUUGCAGCACUUCGCUUAGUGCGUCAAUGCAGGCAGGAAUAAAGAAAGAAACGGCGAAAAUAAACUGCAGUGAGCCAACAAUAACAACAAGCACAAAACAGAAACGCCGAAUGGAAUACAGCAUUUUGUGCGCGCAACGCAAUUCACGAUUGGCAACUGAAAUUGGCAGCACCCGUAAAGUAUGAAACAAAACUAGACGACAACAACAAUCGAGCGGAAGUAACAAAUGGAAACAAAGCAGCAACAACAAAUAUAAUAAUAAUAAUAAUAAGGACCAUAUUGGCAUUAAUUUUUUGACUGCAUUAAAAGCGAAUGCAAAAAAAACGAAAGAAAAUACAAAAACAAAAACAAAACAGCACAUAAAAAAACUGAGACGAGCAAAAAAUACAACUUAAAACGGCGUGUCCAGUGGCAGCCAGAUUGGGAGACACUGUGGACAACUGAAGAGUAGUGGAUCGAGUAGCAGUAGAAGGAGAGGAGAACACAUUCAAGACGCCCAUUCCCCCACACAGAACGAUGGCGGCUUCGCCGACUCCGUCGCUGGACUCCAUGCGCGGGGCGAACUCGAUUGAAUCGUAUGAGCACGCCGGCUACCUGUCGGACUCGCCGCUGACACUGAGCGGGUCGUCGCCGCCGGUGAGCGAUUCGGCGAUCUGCAGCGAUGAGUAUAUAGCUGGCAGCCAGGUCAGCGUGAAGGUGCGCCAGGAUGUCACUGUCAUCAAUGGGCAUCAUCCGAUAUCGGCCUCGGUGUCGUCUAGCUCGUCGGCCAGCUCCUCAUCCUGCUCCUCCUCGUCGUCGUCGUCCUCGUCGUCGUCCAGCUCAUCGACCAGCGGCCUCAGCGGCUGCGGCAGCACCAGCAGCAGCGUCCUCAGCGGCUCGAAUGGCAACGGCAACAGCAAUAGCAACAGCAAUGGACACGGUCCCGGCGUUAUCGGCAGCAAUUUGCCCAGCAGCAACGGCAACAGCAACAACAACAGCAGCAACAGCAUCAGCAGCCUGGUCGUUGGCGCUGGCAAAGGCAGCAACAGCAACAGUGGCAGCAAUGGCAGCAACAACAGCAAUAGCAGCAUGAACAACAGCAGCAGUAGCCUCGCCCCCGCUCGCUGCACCGCCUGCAAGAGCAAGUGCAGCGAUGCUGUGGCCAAGUGCUUCGACUGCCAGAGCUAUCUCUGCGCCAACUGUGUGACCGCGCACGAGUUUAUGCACUGCUUCAACGGCCACAAUGUCUCGCUGAUCAAGGGUUUCGAGGCGACAAGCAACGCCAGCAUGAGCAACUGCAGCAACAAUCCAGCCUCCAACGACUUCAAGUACGCCAGCUCACUGACAAUGAUGCUGCAGCAGCAGCAGCAACAGCAACAACAGCAGCAGCAGCAGGCACAGCUGACAGAUGCGCAGCCCAUGUCGCAGCUGUCGAAGAUUGUGCUCGCGGCAGCAGCAGCAGCCAACAACUCACAGGACCAGCAGCAGCAGCAGCAUGAGACACUCUACUCCGCACACUUGCAGCAGCAGCAGCAGCAGCAGCAGCAGCAGCUACAGAUCUUCUGCUUGCGUCACAAGCACGAGCUGCUGAAGUUCAGCUGCCGCACCUGCUGCACGCUGGUGUGCAAGGAGUGCAUCGUCCUGGAGCACUCGACGGGCCUGCAUGAGCUCGAGAAUGUGCAAUCGCCUGCUGUGGCCGCAACGAGCAACGGCAACGGCAACGGCAACGGCAACUGCAACGGCACCAACAGCAGCAGCAGCACCUCGAGCAGCGGCGGCUACAAUGAGACAGCGCUGCAGACGCUGCUGGCCGAUAUGCGGGGCAAGAUUGGCGAGAUUAUGUCGGUGGCCAGCAACGCCGAGCAGAGCGUGACCAAGGUCAAGCAGCAGUACCAGAAGGCGCACAACGAGCUGAACGAGACGCAUCAGUUCUUUGCCUCGAUGCUGGAUGAGCGCAAGAGCGAGCUGCUCAAGGAGCUGGAGACGCUCUACACGGCCCGCGUGAACACCAACGCGGUCUGGCUGCAGCGCGCCAAGGAGAUCAUUGACAAGGGUUUGGCCACCUGCGAGGCGGUCGAGCGCUCGCCCGCCAACGGCGUCCAGUCGCCGCUGCUUGCUGAGGCGCUGCUGCUGCGCAAGCAGCUCGAGCAGCAGCUCCAAGCGGGCGUCCAGGACAUGCAGCUGCCCUUCGAGCUGGAGUUCAUGUCCAACUACCAGUCGAUACAGGCGGGCGUGCGCAACACCUUUGGCUAUGUACGGGCCAGCAAUGGCGGCGGGCCUGGCAGUGGCAGCUGCUCCGAUCACGGCCAGAGUCACGGCAAGCAGCCGCCGAUCGCACGGCCCACGCAGAGCGCGAGCAACAGCAGCGCCAGCAGCGCGGGCAGCCAUCAUCACCACCAACAGCAGCAGCAGCAGCAACAACAGCAGCAGCAUUUUCUGAAGCUGGAGCAGCAACAAUUGCUGCCGGGCCUGGGCCUGGGCAGUCUGCUGGACAACAGCAGCAACGGCAGCAGCAGCAACGGCGGCGGCAGCGUCUAUGCGAAUGGCUGCCUCCUGCUGGGCGGACGCGAGCGCAAUCUGAGCGAUCUGCAGCACUUUGGCGAGCUGCUGCCCAAGCGGGCCAGCAGCAUGGCGCACUACAAUCCCUACGAGAAGUGGAGCAAUGGCGGCAGCGACAAUCUCUUCAGCACGUCAGCAGUCGCCACGCUUGGCGGCGUCGGCAGCGCCGGCAGCGGCAGCAGCUCGGCUGUGGUGGAUGCCUUUGCCAGUCUGUCGUCGGCAAACCUGAAUCUGAAUGGCAAUGGCAAUGGCAGCGCGGUGAGCAGCGAAUCUCUGCUGGAUCUGACCAGCAAGCUGUUAUCGGCCUCCAUUUAUCCGCCCAAGUCGCAGAUCAAGCGCCAGAAGAUGAUCUAUCACUGCAAGUUCGGGGAGUUCGGCGUGAUGGAGGGCCAGUUUACGGAGCCGAGCGGCGUGGCGGUGAAUGCCCAGAACGAUAUCAUCGUGGCGGACACGAACAAUCAUCGCAUCCAGAUCUUCGACAAGGAGGGACGCUUCAAGUUCCAGUUUGGCGAGUGCGGCAAGCGGGACUCGCAGCUGCUCUACCCGAACCGUGUGGCCGUCGUGCGCAACUCGGGCGACAUUAUUGUGACCGAGCGGUCGCCGACGCACCAGAUCCAGAUCUACAAUCAGUAUGGACAGUUUGUGCGUAAAUUUGGGGCCACGAUCUUGCAGCAUCCGCGCGGCGUCACCGUCGACAACAAGGGACGCAUCAUUGUGGUCGAGUGCAAGGUGAUGCGCGUCAUUAUCUUCGAUCAGAAUGGGAAUGUGCUGCACAAGUUCGGGUGCUCCAAGCAUCUGGAGUUCCCCAACGGCGUGGUGGUCAACGACAAGCAGGAGAUCUUCAUUAGCGACAAUCGGGCGCACUGCGUCAAGGUGUUCAACUACGAGGGCCAAUAUCUGCGCCAGAUUGGCGGCGAGGGUAUCACCAACUACCCCAUCGGCGUCGGCAUCAAUUCCAAUGGCGAAAUUCUCAUUGCGGACAAUCACAACAAUUUCAAUUUGACGAUCUUCACGCAGGACGGGCAGCUGAUCUCGGCGCUGGAGUCGAAGGUGAAGCAUGCCCAGUGCUUCGAUGUGGCGCUCAUGGACGAUGGCAGCGUUGUCCUGGCCAGCAAGGACUAUCGCCUCUAUAUCUAUCGCUACGUACAGCUGGCGCCUGUGGGUAUGUAAGCAGAGAGCCUUCUUCACACACAGACAUUGAAAAAAGAGAAAAGAAAAUGAAAAAA